GGCGUGCUGCGCCUGCGCCUGAUCGAGGGCCGUGACCUGAUGAAGAAGGACCGCAACAUCUUCGGCCAGGGCAAGUCGGACCCGUACGCCAUCAUCUACAUCGGCGCCAAGCAGUUCAAAACCAAGUACAUCCAGGACACUGUUGACCCCGUCUGGAACUACGUGUGUGAGUUUGACUUGAUCGAGUCGGUGGGCCCGCGCCUCUGGGUGGAGCUGUGCGACUCGGACGACCCGGGCAACAAAGAUGAUAACCUGGGCAGGUGCGGUCUGGACGUGGCCGACAUCGCCAAGGCCGGAUCGCAGGACGUGUGGGUGCCGCUGGAGCAGGCGCGCACCGGCCGGAUCCACAUGAAGCUGGACUGGCUGGGUCUCUCCACUAACGCGGCCGACAUCAAGAAGCAACUGAAUGAAAUCGAGGACCUGUCGGCGUUCGACCACUCGGGCCUGCACUCGGCCGUGCUGACCGUGUUCGUCGACUCGGCAAAACAGCUUCCGAUGGCGUCGCGGACGGUGGAGCCCAAUCCGCUGGUGCGGCUGGCGGUGGGCAACCAGAAGGAGGUGACUUCGUGCAAGUACCGCACCCUGGACCCUGUCUGGGAGGAGGGCUUCAGCUUCCUCGUCAAGAACCCGCUGACGCAGACCAUGACGCUGGAGGUGGAGGACCAGAGCUCGGGCAAGUCGCUGGGCAUGCUGCAGCUGGAGGUUAAGGACCUGCUCCGCCAGCCGGAGCUGGAGGUCAGCGAGCACCCCUACAAGCUGCACGAGUCGGGCCGGCACUCCAUGGUCGUGCUCUCCAUUCAGCUGCGGGUUCUGACGCACGACAAGGUGGCGGCCCAGGACGACGAGGCCCGCAUUCCUUCUGCCAUGCCGCAGCGGCCGGUGGCGCCCGAGCCGCCCCGACAGCCCUCAAAGCCGACGGAGGCCACGACUGAGCCGAGCCCGCCGGCGGCACCAGGGGAGAAGCCGGCUGCGACGCCGCCAACUCAGCCGGCCUCCCCGCCGCCGGCCUCCCCGCCGCCGGCCUCCCCGCCGCCGCCCUCUCCGCCGCCGGCAUCUCCACCGCAGCCCAAGGCGGACGAGCCGGUGCGUCCGCCCAGCCCGGUCCGGCCAGCGCCCGCCGCCCACAAGGAGUCGAGGCCGGAGCCGGUGCCGGCGCAGACACGGGAGGCCGUCGAGACGCUCAUCCAGGACCUGUCAGCGGACACGGCGCAGGCAGAGUCCGGACUCCGACAGCGCAAGCCAGAGAACCCGGCCGGCGCCCACCGUCUGGGCCGUAUCCAGCUGACGCUGCGCUUCAGUGACACCCGCUCGGCGCUGGUGGUCGUCGUCCACAAAAUAUCGAGCCUGCCCAUGCAGGGAGACGACAUUCCCGAUCCGUACGUCAAGACGUACCUGCUACCUGACCGCUCCGAGGACAACAAGCGUAAAACACAGAGCUUCAAAGACAACCGCGACCCGGUGUACGACGAGGCGCUGGAGUAUCGCGGCCAGCUGAAUGAGAUCCGGGUGCGCACAUUGGAGGUUCAGGUGGUCAGUAAGAAGACCUUCGCUCGCAACCCCAUCCUUGGCAUGAAACACAUCGACCUGAGCGAUCUGGACCUGGUGGCCGGCUCCACCCAGUGGUUCGACCUGGAGCCGGAAGAGCACUUCGACUCGCCGCGGCGCAGCCUGUUGCAUGUGCUGACCACGCCCAUCUUGCGGCGACGGAGCGGCGUCGCGGCGUCCGCCGGGCCGGCCAAGCGGAACGGGCGCGGCGGCACGCUGCCGCGCGCCCGCCACUGACGGGAACGGCGCGCCGUCCGCCGCCGCCUGGCGGCGCCGCGGACCCAAGGCUGCUGCCUCGCAUCGCUUGGACGCCAGCCGGUAGGUGGGCGUCUCGCUGAAGUUCCUCUGCUGCCUGCGCCUCCGCUGCUGCGCAAACGGCUGUUACACGAGUGCCUGAGUGCCUUGCGCGUCCGCCGCCGUCGCCGCCGCACGGUGAGGGCCUAGGCGUGUCUUCUUGUUGUACUGUCACCCCUGCUGUCUCCAGCAGAGGCGGCGGCUGCCGCGACAUGGUGGACGAGCGUGGGCGCGCGUCCGAUCUGUACGGGUGAAACGUCUGGUCUUGCUGCUUGUCGGGGUUCCUCAGUGCGCGCCGUGCUGCAGUCUGCCGAGCUGAGGGGGUCGGUUGUUAAGGCCGGCGGGUCAGGCCAGGUCAGGUUCGGAGCUGUGUUCUCCGAGAAGGCCGCCGUCCCCGCCCCCUGUUGUUACUGCUUCGCGCGGCAUUGGUUGAACUUAUUUUCACAACCAGUCUCGGAUCUGCGUGCUUUGCUGUUGCCGCUUGCCUGUGUGUGCUGCGCGUGAGAGGCUUGUUUGAUAUGGACCGAGGGAAAUCAGCCAGACGUAGUGCUCCACUCGGUAAUCUUGUCUGGUAACAGAGUUGAAGUGUUUCGCUAAUCGCCCUCACCUAAAUACACGUUAUAUCGCCUCAGGUAUCUGUGAACACC